CACCCGAUCCUGUCCACAGUUCAGUGCCUGAAAGUUGACUCUUAUCUUGGAAUGUGAAACUGUCCCACAGGAUGAUGCUGUCAUCACCAUGUCUAAAAGAAUGCCGGCCUCAAAGAGAGAAUCGUCUCCUCAUGAACCACAGUCGAAGAUGAGAAAGGUGGAAGAGGAUGGCGAAGAAUUACAAUCAAAAACUGGACCAACUACCAACGCUCUACAGACAAGAGUAGAGCAAGAAAAGACAGGAACCCCACGGGCUAAGAAAAAAAGGUCUUCCUCUGUUGAAGAUGGAAAUGAAUUAUUGAAACCGAGUUCUCCUUCUAGUGAUUCCAUUGCGACCCCCUCAGACCCCCCUCUUAAAAAAGCCAAGCUUCUGAAAGCCACAAGUGCCUCCUGCGGAGAAGUACUCUCCCAAAGAGAAAACUCCAAAGGUUCCCUGAAGCGGAGCACCUCCACAGAGUCUGAUGAGGAGCCGAGCAGCGACAGGAGUAAGGUAGACUUCUUCGGGGAGCGGGAGGAUGUUGACAAGACCUGUUGCAUCAAAAAAUAUUCCAACAAAGCUAAGCGUACAGUAGAGGAAGGUUCUUUUGAUCCACCGGACACUAGCCACGAUUCAUCAUCUCCACCACCAGAUUCUGUACAGAUUGAGCACAACUAUGGGAGAUACUCCGAAUCUGAAUCUUCUAAAAGCCUGUUUGACACCGAUGAGAAAAAAGAAACUUCAGUUGAAGCACUUCAGAGAGCAUCGACAGAUGUCUUGACAUCUGAAACAGGCAGGUUGGACUCAACAACUGAAGAAAUGCAGCAGUUGGAAUUAAAACACCAACAUCAUGAAACCUCUUUGACGGAAACAGUAGGUCGUGCUGUCUCUGAGGAUGAGGAAAAGAGAGAUAAAGUUCGGUCUGCUGAAAUCCCAAAGGGCCAAAAUAAUGAAACGCUAUCUUCAUCAGAGGAAACAUUAGGUUCAUUUCCCGGAGAUGUGAUUUCAAGUUCUGGACAUGAAAAUCUUGAACCAAGAAGGACUGAUUCAUCACACCGAUUAGAAGAUCACACUCACCAUACCCAAACAUCAGUGGGGUUAAAAGAGUCAGAAACAAGAUCACUCAUUGAAACCAAUUUCUCGUCAUCACAAGUGGAAAUCUGUAGUCCAGCAGCUGAGGAAAUGGUAACAAAAGCAGAAUCCUUUGCUGUUUCAGAGACUCGUUUAAAAAAGGAGUCAAAUCCUGUAGCGAAUAAACACAAUUUUCCAGUAAGAGAUGAUUGUUUGGGGGAGGACUUAAACAAAACGAAUGAAAACUCUGAAGAAAAACUCAAAGAAAGCAGUGGAGAAAAAAUUGACAUCCAGUAUCCCCAAAGUGUUACUGAUUCUGACAUUUCUGUAAAAGAACAACAGAAUCAUAGCUUUGUUAUCCAAGGGACUCAGUCUGAUAUUCAGAAUACUUUAGUUAAAAAUGAAACAGAGGAGCUUUCUGAAAAUAUAGUUCCAGCAACUCAAAUAACAUCUGGAGAGGAUAUUCAUAGUCAGGAGAAUCACACUGUUCAAGAAAGCAUGUUUCAAAUGGAUUCUUCAAACAGAGACAAAAAUAACAUUACGAUCCUUCAUCAAGCUGUUGUACCAAAGAUCAAAGAUGAAGAGAUUUUACUGGCUUCAAAUCCAAGUGCUACAAUUGUUUCACAAAUCCAGGAUUCUACUGCCAACCUGUCCACAAACUUUCAAAGUGAGGAAAAUGUUAAAAUCGUGGCAAACAAAGAGACUUUCAGUGAAGCCGAAGGCGGAAGUAAAACAGAAAUACAGAUUGGAAUUACAUCUGAGAUCUUAAAUCCUGAUCCUCCAGAGGAAAUGCAAAAGCUGGAGUUACAUGUCAGGGAAUCCCCCACACUUGUCUCUAUUCAAAUCCAUCAUCAUGUAAAGGAUGGUGAUUCUGAAAAUAUGGAAACUCCUGGAGGUGGUGAAAAAAAUCAGGGUCAAAGUGGGAUGGAAACACGGCCUGUUGCAACAUCUGAACUUUUCAAACAGGAAUCAGACGUUCAGCAGGACAGUGAAUGUACCACAGCAGUACUUGAUGAAAGUGGAAAGGAUUCAAACUCAACAAAAUCUGCAGAGGGUUUUUCUGCAAUGGCUGAGAAUCUACCAGAAGUGGAUAUACAGACCUUAAAUGUAUCUAAACAGGGCUCUGACAGGACUCUGAUGGAAGAAUCACACAGCCCAAUCAAACAUUUGGUUAGUGAACCCUCCACAGACACUCCUGAUGAAGCUCAGAGAGAUCUGGAGAAAGCAAAUUGCGCAGGUGGGACUCUGAUUGAAGUCCUAGGAAAAAAUACAGCUAUGUCAGAGCCUGAGUUAGCCAAGGCUACUACAGAAGAAACUGAACCACAGCUGUCUGAUAAACUGACCAGUGAUAGACUCAAUGAAGCAAAGACUACAAACGAUCCUGCUCCAACUCAAAUACAAGAUGUAGAAGCUGCGGGCUCCAUGGAAGAGAUCUCUAAUAUUGCAAGUGUUGAAGAAAGGCAAAGGCAGUUGUUUAUUGAACCCAUAACUGAGAUAGGUGAUGAAGCUUACAGAGAUCAGGGUGGCCUGGGUGCUGAUCAGACUCAAAUCAAUGUUAAUACAUUCUCAGAAACACCAGAGGAGGUGCCUAAGAUUGCUGCUAAACAAGAAAUGCAAACCCAGUCUGUCAGGGAACGUACAACCGACAUGCCUGAAGAAAUUCACAAAGAUCACCAUGGUCAAACGGGGACCAUUGAGACUCACAUCCAAGUUGAUGCCUCAUCAGAAAAGACCCCAUUUACUGAAGAAAUGCAAACCCAACAGGUCACGGGACCUAUCAAUCAGGAAAAAGAUAAUGUGAAUCUGGAAAAUGCUAAUUGUAGGAUUAGUGUAGACCUUGCUGCUGCUGAGAGUCACAGAACAGACAACACGGAGGUUUUAGCAUCAUCCCAGACAGGUUUUACUUUUACUUCUAUUGAAAUGGAAACCCAGAUGGUGAAUGAAACACCUACGGACAUACCUAAGGAAGCAAUGGAGGAGCUAAGUAACAUGAGUGGUGCAUCUCAGGGUCAAAUGGAAGAUGGUUUAGAAGCUUCAGGCUCCAAAGAUGGGGUCUGCAAUGUAAGUGUUGCAGAAAUGGAAAACCAGUUGUUUACUGAGAUACCUAUAGAAGCUUAUAGAGAUCAGGGUGGUCCAUGUGUCACUCAGGCUCAAAUCGCUGUUAAUGAGCUCUCUUUUACAAAGUCUGAGGAAGUGUCUAAUAUUGCUCCUAUAGAAGAAAUUCAAAACCAGUCAGUUAGGGAAAGUUUCAUAGAAAUACCUGCAAAAAGUCCCAAAGAUCAGGAUGGUCCCAAUGGGACUGCUAAGAUGCAAAGCCAAGUUGAUUCCCCAUCUGAGGAGACUGUGCUUUUUAAAGAAAUGCAAGCCCAUCUGAUCAGUGAGCCUACUAUUGAUGACAAAGCUCAUGAAAAUCUGAAAAAUGCUCAUUGUGGGAUCAGUAUACAUGCUGCUUCUGAGAGUGACAGAGAAGGCGGUACAGAAGCUUUAGCAACAUCCCAUACCGUCUCUACUGUUAUAGAAGAAAUGGAAACACAAGCAGUGAAUGAACAACUUAUAGAAGCACCUAUUGAAGCAGAGAAAAGCCUGGAGACUGAGCAAUAUGCAGCUCAGACUGAAGUUGAGGUCACAUCUGAAAAAAUCCCUAACGAUGCACGUGUAGAAGAAACACAAACCCAGGAUAAACCAAACAUUGAUGUAUCCAAUGAAAUUCAUAAUCAUUUGGGAAAUGCAGAUUCCAGAAGCAGUGAAAAUGUGGCAUGUGUUUCUACUCAGGCUAAAUUAGAGGCUGCUGAAGAAAUUGUUGCCGCACCAAAUGAGGGUUCUACAGAUGUACAUAUAGAAGGAAUUCAAAGACAACUAGUAAGUGAAACUACCAGUGACAUCAGCUACAUGGUACAUGAAGAUGUGGAUACAAACUUUGCUGCUCAGACUCUAGUUGAAGUUCAGGCUAUGUCAAAGAAAGUAACCAACGUUUCACCUGUUGAAGAAAUGCAAACUCAGCUGGUCAGUAAAUGCAUCAUUAGCAUUCAAGAUGAAGCUAAUGAAAAUCUGGAAAAUCCAAAUUCUGCAGCUGAAGAGGAUGUUCAAUGUGGUUCUACUGCUGGUCAGAGUCGAAUACAACCUGAUGGGGAAGUUUUAUGCACAUCAGUGAAUAUCUCUAUAUCAUCUUCUGUAGAAGAAAUGCAAACACAGCCGGUCUUUGAAACCACCACUGGCAUACCCUGUGAACCAAAUGAAUAUCAAGGAAAUUUGAGUCAUGAGAGCAUUUUAGAUUUUAAAUGUAUUUCUGCUGCUGAACAGAGUGAACUGCACGCUGAUAGAAAGGUUGCUUCUAACUGUCCUCUAACAGAAGAAAUCCAAACCCAGCUGGUAAGUGAACCUGACAAAACACAAAAAGAAGUUGCAGAGACUUCAGAAAUGCCGGCACAGCUGGUUAGUGAACCUGCCACUUCUCUACCCCCCAGAGCACAGAUAGAUUUUGGGGAUAUAAAAUGUGCAGUUGAGACCCAAGUAGGAGUUGAUGUAACCUCAGAGAAGAGGUCAAACAUUGGAUCUUUUGAGGAAAUGCAAACCCAAUUGGUGAGUGAACCAUUUGUUGGAACACUCAACGAAGCACAUCAAGUUCAUAAAACUUUAGGUCACCCAAACAGCUUAGAUGUUACAUAUGGUCCUAAUACUGUUCAAAACAUAGCAGAACCUGAUGGAGAAGUUUUAGUCCCAUCUAGCAAGGUAUCUGACCUUUCUCAUAUAGAAAAAAUGCAAAUGCAGACUGUUUAUGAACCUACCACUGAGAUAUCCAGCGAAGCUCCAGAGAUUGCAACUUGUUCUGCUCUUUUGGCUGAGGCUGCAGACUCGACCAGGGAGGUCUGCACCAUUGCUCUUAGAGAUGAAAUUCAAAGCCAGACGAUAUUGGAACCUAACCCAGAGAUAGCAAUUCAACAUCUGAUUGAAAAUGAAAACAAAGUAAAAGUGGAAUUCAUGACGGCAACAAAGAGACAAAUUGAAGUAGACACAACAGUAACAAAAGAGAGUCCAGUUUCACCCUCGCCAUCGGAUACCAAUAAAGACCAAACAGAAUUUGUCAUGGAGACACCAGAGAAUUGUUCCCACAUUGGUUCUGUAGUCGAACCACUCAGUGAGGAAAACCACAAUCUCAGUGAACAAACAGCUGGAGAAGACUUUGAUGCACAUGAUGCUAUGAUGAUUGAAACUGAUCAAAAUGUUAAGAAAGAAGAGAAUGGUUGUAAAGAACAUCUGAGCGUGCAAGACGAUACAGUCCAAUCUGAAAUCCAGCUCAUAUCUGCUCCAGAGGAUUUUACAGAAACACCUUUGGUGGAAAUGCAGAGAGAGAAAAGCAAAAACGUAAUUGAGAUUCUGAAUACAGUCUCCCCUGCUGUUGAAAUACAAAACCAAAUGUGGAAGGACAAAAAUACAGAUUCCACGCCUGUAACUGUUACGGAUAAUGAAAUGGAUACAAUCUCUGAUUCUUUACCCAAAACCUUCACUCCACCAUCUGCUAGUGAAACAAACAAACAAAUCCAGCUUAUGAUUGAUGCAACAGAAUCUGAAAGCAACACAAAUAAAGGCAAUCAAGAUGAGACCGAAACUGUCAAACGUAUUUUCAUAGAUGGCAAUCCAGUUGAAAUGGUAAAGCAUACAACACAGCCUCUAGAGGAGAUGUUUCAACCAACAACUAUUAUUGAUACAAAAACCCAGAAGAGCCUUGAUGCAAGUGAAACUGCUCAAGACUCUAACAUGUGUGAUGAAAACCUGAGCAAGACUUUUGAAGAACCCGUUGGCAUUGAGGGGAAUCUAACCCAAACAGAAUUGCAAACACCCACAUCUCUUGAGGAUAUUUCUAAUGCAGCGGCUAAAGUACAAACAGAGAACCAGAAAGCUCAACAAGACAUUGGAUUGUCUUUUUUACCAGCUACUCCUGAAACAAACAACCAGAGGGGCCUUGAAGUAACUGAGGUGGCCAAAAGGGUCAAAGAUGGCGAAAAAAAGGCUGUCGAAGAUUACAGUGGUAUUGUUGACAAUCCAGUGGAAAUGCAAGCAGUACCUCGUGAAGAGAUUUUUCAACAAACCUCUAAAGGAAAAACCGAAAACCAGAAAUGUAUUGAUGUUACGAAUCCUGUCACUCUCAUAUCUGAAAAUAUCCCAGAGAGUUUCAGAAUUCCCACAAAUGAGUGUGAGGAAAAUGAAAACUGGGUAUCUGAAGAAUAUGUCGGCAUUUCUAAGAGUCCAGAUGAAAUGAAAAUUCAAACACCAGCAGAGAAAAUAUGUGAUGAAAAUAAUAAGAAUGUAAUUGAGAGCCUUAGGUCAAUUGCUCCAGAAGAACAAGAAAUGCAGACUACAGAGGGGCCAGAGGAGAUAUCGCCAUCAACUGUUACUGAACAAAGACAUAGCUGGAGUAGUCAGGAAGUCCCUGAACUCACCUCAGACACUAGGAGUUUAGUUUCCUCGCUACCACCUGAGGCAGAACUCCAGCAGAGCCUUAAUGCCGAUGAGGAAAAUGAUGAUAGGGUUUUUAGAGAAAAUCUUGCUAUUUCUGAGACUCCAGAAGAAAUGGAGAAAAAUUCUCAGGUACCGGAAGGGAAUUAUCACCAAUCAUUUAUAGAAAACACCCAAAGCCAGAGAGUUCAGGUCAGUGAACUCUCUCAAGAUACCAAAGCAGGGGAUGACACUAUUCCUGCUGAGAGUGAACAAAGCAUUAUAUGUGUAAAUGGUCAAAUCAGUAGACCUUUCUAUGCAUCAGAAACCCCCAGUGAGACUUAUUUUCAGGAAUCGGAUGUUCAUCUUCAACAGCAACGAAACAAGGAGGCUGACAAAGAGUGUAAAGAGGAAAACAAGGUCACCUCUUUAUGUGAGAAUGUUCAAGAGGCUGAAACUAAAAUGGAAACGUCUGCAGAGACAGUUGAAAUUCCUCCUCUAGCUACUGUGGCAGAACAACGCAACCAUUUGUCGGAAGAAAUCCAUGACACCAAAGAUAUAUCUAAUGAGGAACCACUUCCUGUCUUUAAUUUAGAAAAUAAUGCAAAUGCCAGCAAGUUGGAAGCAAUUGCUGAGGAUGUAGAAACAAGGAGACAGCUAACUGACGAAGCCAUUGUUGAGAGAUCUGUUACUAAUCCUCAAGAAGGAGCUGCGCUUGUUGAUGGUCAACAUGAUGAGUUUGGCAGUAUUAUUCAGGCAUCAGAAGAUGAGAUAAGGACAGUAAAUGAGACAGAGGUCCGGUUUUCUGAUAGCCAGGUAGUCUACGAACCGAUUAGCAGUCCUGAGAGCAACAGUGGUGGGGAAGUUUAUACAAAAAUUGACCUUGGUGAGAGUAUUUCUGUUCUGGACAUACAGAAUACAGAGAGCCCUCUCCUUCUGGGUGCCAAGGGAGACUUUUCAACCCAAGAAGUAAAGGUAGUUGUUCACCCUCAACUGGAGGACAAAGAAGAAAUUACCGUUCCAGACAGUCAGGUUACUGUGGAAAUGGAAGUGCAAACUGUCAGUGAGGCAAAAGGUGCAACACAUGCCCAGUUAGAGCAGAGUAAUGCAACAUCAAACGCUUCAAGUGUUGAUAUCAGCACUACAGAUGGCAAGUCAGAAGAUUCAGCUCACAAAAGUGAAAGAAGUGCCAUUCCUGACUACAGAAGUGAAGAACUCUUAGAGAACUCUAAGCAGGUGCAGGAAGAGGAUGGACUUCAGGGCGCUCCGCCCCAAAGUGAAGUAGAGAUACCAGAUGGUGCAUCUGAAGAGUAUGUAAUACUAGAACCAGUUCCAGUGGGUGAAUUUCACUUAGACAUCUUGACUCAGGCUGCAGCUGAAUCAGGGCUGUCUUCCUCACUCUCUGACAGUGGGUUAGUGGGAAAAGACUCAGAUGAAAGUAUCUUAAAUGUCUCUCAAAAGAGAGGAUUAGAAGAAGCAAAUGAUGGGUUCAAAAACGCUGCUGUAGACCGUUCUGGUGAGGUUUUACCUCAGGACCUUAAAAAUGCUCAAAAUUCGGAACACAAAAAUGCAGAAAUGUCAAACGCUGAGGCUAAGCACUCAGCUGAAGAUGGUAAGGCUGUAGUAUUGGAGAAUGCAGAAGUUAAUUUGGACCUUCAAGAAGUGCAAAUGCUGCAGGACAUCGAAAUUGGUCGAGAGAUUGUUGUGGCCGAGGAGGAUGAUGAAGAGGAUGAUGAUGUAAAAAUAAUAAAGCCUUCCGAACAAGCUACUGAAGACCCUCCAAAAAAGUCUGAAGAGAAGGUAGAGGAUAAAAAUAAAGAGGAAAUCAGCAGUACUUUGAAGGAAAAAGCUAAAACAGAAGAUGAUAAAAAGGGACCAGAGGUGGAGAAACCCAAGAAACAAGAAAUGAAUACGCAAGCGAGAACAAAAGCUCGACUUGCAGCUUUGGCCGAACAGAAGGCCGCAGAGUCCAAGAGAGCUGCGCAACGACAGCAGCUGAACCUCUUAGCCCUUUGUCAAGAAAUUGCAGAAGAUAUCGCCACGGACAGCAUGUUGUUGAAAAGGAUAGAGGAAGAAAAACAAGCAGCGGUAGCAGCAGCCGCUAAAGCUGAAGCUACCAAAAGGGAACAACCAGCAGUUAAUUUGCAAGAUGCAGAACCGGAUAAUGUUGCAACUCCUGCUGGGCUAGAAGCCAGCUCUACUUCGGUGAUACCUGCUCCCGAGUCAUCUGCGCCCCAUCCCUCGUCAACAGACUCGUCUGAAACCAAGCCAGCUGCAGAACCCCCGAAAAGACGCUUCUUCAUAUCACAAGUUUCAGUGCCGCUAAAAGCCCAUGAAAAAAAGAAGCUUACCCGGUAUCAGAGGCUGAGACAGGUUGAGCUGCAGAGGGAAAAAAUGUCUUGGGCUCGCGUAAAGAAACUAAAAUCUGAUCAAGCAAACCAGAUGUUUUCAGACAUUGAUUGGCAAGCUCCUUUUUCUUCCAGCUUUUUAAUGGGUCCAGUAACUACUCCUCCUCCACCAGCAGCAGCCAGUCAGUCCACAUCUUCCCCUGCAAGCCCUGCCCCUGCCAGUAAACCUGCACCACCAAAACCAGAGACGCCCAAGGCUGAGCCGGUCGCAACAGAACCAGCUAAAAUGGAAAACUCUCCAACUCCUUCCCCUGAACCAGAAACUGCCAAAACCAAGCCUUCUAAAAAAGGAGCCGCCAAAGCUCCGCCUGUUAAAGCCGAGACCACUAAGCCUGCUACGCAAACUGUUGAAACCCGAAGGAGCACGAGGCAAAGUAAGGCUCAGGCUUCCCAAGCCGCUGCAGCUGCCACAGUACCUGCUCCAAAAGUAACCAGAUCCACAGCCAAGAGGUCCCUCCCAGCAGUUCCUCCUCCCAUGCCCAAUGGACUUAAAGCUCAAAAACCGAAGCCUGUAGAGUACACGCCGUACAAACCCAGGCCAAAGUACUCUCCAGAUGACUUUGAAUUAGACGAUGACGACAUGUUGCUGGUAGCUCCAAAAAAGCCAAAUCAGCCCAGUCAGCAGCUACGACCUGGCAUCCCCGCUCAGCGCCCCACAACGUCAUUAAAACCCACAGCUUCACCACAGUUACCUAACCAGGCAAAACUUAAAGCUCAAACUGCCCUUCCUGGACAGUCAAAGCCGAGUGCUGCAGCGCAAGCUCAGAUAAAGCCAGCACAAACCAAGCCAACUGUUACAGCCCCACAGUCGAAAGCUACAACUGCAGUGACUUCAAAACUAGCUCCCUCUGUUGGAACUGUUCCUAAAUCCAUCUCUACUGCAGCUCAGUCCAAACCUGCUGCUCCCUCUUCUAUGCUAUCAAAAGCAGCUAGUACAAGUGUAACAAAGUCAAAGCAGCCUGCAACGAGAGGCGUUCAGCUGUCUGAAUCCAAGCAUUCAGUAACUUCAGUGCCUCAGAAAUCCCAAAGUCCCCAAACACAGGAGGAAAACAAACCCAAGGAUGCAGCUGAUUCAUCCUCACCUGUUCCUGCUUCUGCCGUUGCACCUGAGGACAGUGCUAAACUCUCUAAUAGAACUUGUGAAGAAAUACCUAGUGUCAGUACUGCAGAUUCUAUUCCAGGAAGUAACACCGAAUUAGCCAUGACGGAAGAAAAGACAUCGACGGAGCCGUCUAAGAGCGGAGAAGAAAAGCCACCAGAUGGGGCGUCUCCUCAAGAGGGCGACAAAGAGGGCACUGAGAAGGAUGCAGAGCAGAAACACUUCGGCCCAGAUGCCUGCAGCAUAUGUGGGAUGCUCUACUCUCCUGCCAACCCUGAGGAUGAAUCCCAGCAUUUACUGUUUCACAAUCAGUUCAUCAGUGCUGUCAAAUAUGUGGGUUGGAAAAAGGAGAGAAUCAUGGCUGAAUAUCCUGAUGGCAAGAUCAUCCUUGUCCUCCCUGAUGAUCCCAAAUAUGCCCUGAAAAAGGUGGAGGAGAUCCGAGAGAUGGUGGACAAUGACCUCGGCUUCCAACAGGUGGAGACAAAGUGUCCAUCUAAGACUAAAACCUUCCUCUUUAUCUCUAUUGACAAGAAAGUGGCCGGAUGCCUCAUAGCAGAGCACAUUCAAGAGGGGUACAGAGUGAUCGAGGAGGCUCCUCCUAAGGGCUCAGAAGGGGAGAAGGUGAUGUUUGAACGUCAGAGAGCUUGGUGCUGCUCCACCACACCCGAGCCAGCCAUCUGUGGCAUCAGCCGCAUCUGGGUGGUCGGAAUGAUGCGGAGGCGGGCCAUCGCCACGCGUAUGAUCGAGUGCCUAAGGAAUAACUUCAUUUACGGUUCCUACCUGAGUAAAGAUGAGAUUGCGUUCUCAGACCCGACUCCGGAUGGAAAACUCUUUGCCACCCAUUACUUCGGCACAUCUCAGUUUUUAGUUUAUAACUUUGUAAGCGGGACCCGCUCAAUCCAGCCCAAAACUGGCUCAGUAUGACAGCCCCCUGGUAGAGGCGGCCAUGGAUCUGACAUGGAAAUCUUCACAGUGAAUAAAGAGACUUAAAUUACUCCUCUAAGAGCUCGAUCAUUGGACUAAAACUCAGGGUGACAACUUAAACUCUUCCCUGCAUAGUAUUUUGGAAAAUAUAUUUUCUUUAUACUGUUUUUAAACAAGCAGUUGGUUUUAUUAAAAUAAAAUAAAAUGCAUGAUGUGAGAGAGCAAUAGAGUUUAAAGAUCAUAUCAGUUUUUUAUGUUCAGCAAUCUGAAACCUCUUUAAAAGCUGUGAGGAUAGGUGUUAGGAUCUCCUCCUGGACAGGGAAGCCGCGGUUGUCUUUGGAUGGAUUAAGAUUUGAUUCUUUGAGCUGUAGUUUGGAUUCUUCAUGUAUUCCUGUAAGGUUUUAUUUUUCAAACCGAGCCAUAAUGUCUACUUUUUAGACUUGUUCUGUCUGAAUGUUGUCUUCAAGUCUCACCAAGGGUUUUUAUUUUAUUUUAAAUGUGCUCUGUUGAUGCUUACUUGAUUGUUUGUUUCGCUUUAUUCACCUCUCAGCCACACGCCGCCCCCACCAUCCGGCAAAUGGCUUUUUAUUCAGUUAGUGUAGAGAAUCUUCCUUUUAUUCCUUAUUAACAAAUUAAAACUUCUAUUGAAUAAUCAUGUAGAUUUAUGCAUACUAUAACAAGAUUUAUAAUGGAAAAUAAGAACGAUCUUAAAUGUGUAUUUUUUUGUGUUUUUUAAGUUUGCAUAAAGGUCCACGCUACAUAAGGGUUUAGAUCACACUCCGAUUAACCUCAUCAUCCCUUAUUUUCUCCAUCCUUGUUAAAGCAGUCGCCUUUUAGUGGCAUUUUGUGUAAGAAAAUAAAUUGAUUUAUAUGAAUCUCUUAUGUAAAUAUUUAUUUAAAUAAACUGUAAAAUAUUU